GCAAAGAUGUCGGACGAUGAGUUCCUUAUGGACGAUGUAGCGGACGAGGACUACGACUUCGACUACGAAGAGGACGACGAUGAGCAGGAAGCGGAUGCUGAUAUCGAGAAUAUGUACUACAAUGCCAAGAACAAGAAGAGUGAAGACCCAGAUGCCGCCAUCAAGGACCUUCAGGCAGUCGUGGACAAGGAGGAGCCAAAGGGGGAUUGGGGCUUCAAAGCCCUCAAGCAACAAACGAAGAUCAACUUCCAUCGUGGACGUCACGACGAAGCUCUUGCGUCAUACACCCUCCUCCUCUCCUACACCAAAUCCGCCGUAACCCGAAACUACAGCGAAAAGUCCAUUAACAAUAUCCUGGACUAUGUCUCUUCCUCCUCCACCCCUUCCUCCCACAACACCUCCUCCUCAUCAUCAUCCGCCAACGCCGUACCCUUGGCGACAAUGGAGCGCUUCUACCAGAUCACGCAUACAGCGCUAGAAGAGGCGAAGAACGAGAGACUAAGCGUCAAGACAGACUUGAAACUCGCUCGACUAUGGUUGGCGCGCGCUGAGUGGGGGAGAUUGGCAAAAAGCCUACGUGAACUCCGAGCGUACUGCACCACAAAGGAGGGGGAGGACGAUCAGAGUAAAGGGACUAUCCUGCUUGAGAUCUUUGCACUUGAGAUUCAGAUGUAUAGCGAGACGGCCAACUUCAAACGGCUCAAGGAGACGUACGACGCAACGCUCCAGGUCAAGAGCGCCAUCCCUCAUCCGCGCAUCAUGGGCGUGAUCAGGGAGUGUGGUGGCAAGAUGCACAUGAGCGAAAAAAACUGGUCCUCAGCUCAAUCCGACUUCUUCUCCGCAUUCCGCCUAUACGACGAAGCCGGCUCCCCUUCACGCAUAACGGUUCUCAAGUACCUCGUCCUGGCCCACAUGCUCAUGGGCUCUAGUAUCGACCCCUUUGACUCUCAGGAGACGAAACCCUACAAGUCAGACCCGGAGAUAGUGGCCAUGACCUCCCUCGUCGGCGCGUACCAGCGUCGCGAAGUUCACGAGGCGGAGCGAAUUUUGAGGGACAACUCGAAGACGAUCUUGGAGGACGCCUUUAUCAGGCAGCACAUCGCUGAGCUGUUAAAGGGGUUGCGAACGCAGUACCUCAUUGACUUGAUUGGGCCUUACACGCGCAUAGACCUGGGAUUCUUGAGUCGACAGCUCAACGUCUCUGCGCGGCAGGUAGAGGAGUUGCUCAUGGCUUUGAUCCUCGAUGGGGUCGUGCAGGGUAGUAUCGAUCACGUCAAUCAGCGAUUGGAGUUGCACGCGGGCGGUGCGGCUAAGAGUCAGGGCAAGGGCAAAGGGGGGGCUGCGGCGAGGUAUGCGGCUCUCGAUAAGUGGUGUGGGGAGAUUGGGCGUUUGGGGAGGACGAUCGAGGAGAAACAUGCGAGGGGACUGGGUGCUGAGCGACAGGCUAUGGGGAUGCCCAUGGUAGGAGGGAUGGGCAUGUCGAUGUGAGGGCGGUAAGAAUGGGAGCAAUUGGCUUCACGCCCAGCCGCCUGUGAUGGUGAUGAUGGCGACGAUUUCGCGGGUUGCUGUCCAGCUAUUGCAGCCCGCGCGACUCCUUCGUCCCUCGCUCGACAGACCCCCCGAGCUAGCCUGUACUUGUAUCCACUUCGUCUCUCUUCUCUCUUCACCUCGAUAAUCCACCAUCGCCCGAUGAUCCACGCCCAGUCACCAUGAGCGAACACGACGAGC